AUGUCGCUCGACGUGAUCGAUCUGUCCUCCUCGCCGGAGACCGCUACGUUUAGGGCAGGGCCUUCGAGGAGCCGGCACAAGACACCGCUUUUCUUACCCGAUGAGCCCGACCAUAUCGAUCUUACCACAGACGAUGAGGAUCCGUUUCAAGACCUUCGUGUGGUCAAACGACGGCGUUCGGACACGGUAGGCAUAUUCACGGCAGGCCCAAGUAUCAAGCCCCCUCCGAGUCAUACAAAUACCCACGUAACCGUGCCCAAUCAUGCCCGGAAUCACUCGCCGGAUAGGUUAUUGGACGAGGAAUUUUUCGACGCUGAGGAUUGGGGACCACAGCCCAUCGAUGUGGACGAGUUUGAGGCGGGACUCCAAUCGGAGAAACCGCAGGCGGGUGGAGAGGAUCUAUGGACGCUGCAAGUUUGCGAGAUGAUCCCAGACGUGUCACCAGACCACGUCCGUGCGCUCUUGAGACAGCACAAGGCGGCAUAUCCAAACGAUGUUGUCAACUUCGUCGUGCAUACGCUACUAGAAAGCACAUCUUACCCCAAGCUGGGAAAGGGUAAAGGGAAGGCAAAGUCGUCGACACCAGACGAAAUCGAUUACACCAGCACAACGCGCAACAUUCAGUAUUCAAAUUCCUACUACUCGCUUGCCAAGACUCAGUUGUUGGAAGACUUCCCCGAUGGGGCCGAGGCGCAUAUCUUGGCGGCGUAUGAGAAGCACAAGAAGCUCUAUGCUCCGACAUAUCUUCAUUUGGAGGCGGAACAACGUGCAGGAGAGCUUCCCGGAGGCAAACGCAAGGGCGUUAGCAAGAAGGGAAAGGGCAAGUCGGUGACGGAGGACGCAGACUUUCUCAUGGAGCUUUCUUGGCUACAAGAGAAGCGACGUCGCGACGCUGAGCAGCAGGAUGCUGUUUUGGCCCAGCAGUUGCUGGAGGGGGAGGAAACAGCGGAUAUUGAAUGCGGGUGCUGCUUUGACACCUAUCCAUUUAGCAAAGUGGUACAGUGUCCUGAAGCUCAUCUCUUCUGCGCAGAAUGUGUCGUCGGUUUCGCGGAAUCGAAGUUAGGCGAGCAGAAUCAUCGCAUCCCCUGCAUGUCUUCAGUUGGAGAUGGCUGUGCGGCGCAUUUCGGCGACUCGGAACUUCGACGAGUGCUCCCUCCGAAGCUUCUGGAGCUAUAUGAGCGCGUUCGUCAACGGCGCGAUGUUGAGGCGGCUGGUAUCGACGACAUGGAGGAGUGUCCUUUCUGCGACUUCAAGAUGAUCUUCGAGGUGGACGCCGAUACCGACAAGCUCUUCCGCUGUCAGAACCCCGAUUGUGAGCAGAUUUCGUGUAGGAAGUGCAAGAAGAUUGAUCACCUUCCCAAGACUUGCGCGGAGAUGGAAGAGGAUAAGAAACUAGAGGGUCGGCACGCUGUUGAAGAAGCUAUGACCGCUGCUCUUAUGCGGAAUUGCCCCAAGUGCAAGAAGGCUUUCAUCAAAGAGUCCGGUUGUAAUAAGAUGGCCUGCCCGUACUGCAGCACGCUUUCGUGUUACGUAUGUCGCGAGAUCGUCACCGGAUACGAGCACUUCAACCGCGGUGCACCUGGUCAAGUUCAUGCAACCGGAGCUACGAUGAACGGCGCCUGUCCUCUGUGGGAUGCAGUAGAGCAGCGACAUCACGACGAGGUUGCGGCUGCGGCUAAGAAAGCGCGAGAAGCAUACAGGGAUGAGCAUCCCGACGCGGAAGAGACUGAUCUUCAAGUCGACCUCCCGCCUCCUCCCAAGCCAGGCCAACAGGCGUAUCCCGGGAUGCCUGGAGUUCAUCCUAUUGGAGCAGUAUUGCCGGCCUUUCCGCAUAUGCAUGGGGUGGGUGGCUUGCAAGCCCAUCAUCAAGAUAUGAUGCGGCGUAUGCAGCUGCAGCAAGCGCAAAUGCGUGCGCGUCUUCAAGGGCUAGACGUCGACGGUGACGACGACGACGACGACGACGACGACGUCAAUCCGUUCGUCGCCUUUGCGCGGCGUCGUGCACCGGCCGCGCGCGCACCUCUUCGUUUACCUGUAGCAGCUCCCGCGGCAAGAACGCGAGCUCAGGUAGCGGCAGCAGCCGCGCGCGCUCCGGUCGCCGGGCCAGCUCGUCCUCGCAAACGCAAACGGUAG